GUUCCCCACCCUCUGACAGGAAGACUGGAUUGUAGGCUGAGGGGCCAUCACAGCCUCUCCCACAUGACACUUACUGCCACGGCUCCAAGGCACCUGCUCCGGGCCCUUCCAGCAAUCUGUUGAAGCCCACAUCCCAGCAGGAGACACAGAUGGGUGACAGAGAGUGACGGUGAACGCAGGAGCUAGACUUCACACUGAGCAGCUGCAGUCGGAGGAACCAGAGAAAGCGCCACCCAGCCCCAGAUUCCAAGAGGCCUGCUGGGGACUCUCUUCUCUUCCUCCUCCUCCUUCUGAGACCCUAAAGCCACUGUCUCACAUCAGCUCCUGAGCUGCAAUGGGACUAGCAGCCACCGCCCCCUGGAUGUCCUCCGCCCUGCCAAGCAGAUAGGGCGGUAGCUAUCCCAGGAGUACCUGCCCCCCUCAGGCUGGGCCAGCCCUUCCCGACUCGGUGGCCACCUUUGCUGACCCGAGGCCAUGUAGGUCCCAGCUCAGGCCUCUGGACACACUGCUGGGGACAGUGCCUCUGCUCUCAGGGGGCACCCAGUGCACCAUCAUGCCCUGGGGACUUGCCUGGUUAUACUGUCUUGGGAUCCUACUUGGCCUGGCUCUGGGGAGCGAGCAUUUGGAGAUGUGGACUCUGACCCAAGAGUGUGACCUUACAGGCUACCUUCGGGUCAAGCUGCAGUACAGGAACCGGCUUCAGUACAUGAAACAUUACUUCCCCAUCAACUACAGGGUCGCUGUGCCUUAUGAGGGGGUACUCAGAGUCGCCAACAUCACGAGGCUGCAGAAGGCCCGUGUGAGCCAGCGGGAGCUGCGGUACCUGUGGGUCUUGGUGAGUCUCAACGCCACCGAGUCUGUGUUGGAUGUGCUGCUGGAGGGCCACCCAUCCUGGCAGUACCUGCAGGAGGUCCAGACAUUGCUGGGGAAUGUCCAGCGGAGCCUCGUGGAUGUGGAGAUCGGCCCUCAGGUGGAAGCUGUGUUAUCUCUUCUGAGUACCCCAGGCCUAAGCCUGAAGCUGGUGCGGCCCAAAGCCUUGCUGGAUAACUGCUUCCGGGUCAUGGAGCUGCUGUACUGCUCUUGCUGUAAACAAAGUCCCAUCCUCAAGUGGCAGGACUGUGAGCUGCCGAGUCUCCACGCCCACAGUCCGGGCUCCUUGAUGCAGUGUGCGGCUGCCAACGUUUACCCUUUGCCGGGGCAGCCCUCCACCUCCCUGCCCCGUGCCCCGGGCUCAAGCCGCGGUCCAUUGCCCUGAGCAGUCGGGGGUGGCCCCGGGUUGGGCCAGGAACUGGCCUGGGUCUGAGACUUCGUGGGAUGGCGGGUAGGCAGACCUGCAGGGAAAGCCCCCUGGGAAUGGCACUGUGCCUGAUACCACCUGGAGCCUCAAGGGAGAGGCGUGGAGUUUAAGGCUGGCUGCUGCCCCCACAGCCACCCCUACCUGUGACUGGCUCUGAAGUGUGCACACGCUGUAGCCCCACGGGUGUGUGGCUGGAGAUGGGGUGCCGCAGGGAGUUCUGGGACUCCCUGGGGCUUUGCAGUUGUGCUGAACGUCGGGUGCUGGGCUGAGGGCCGACCAAAUGCCGUAUCUUGCCACAGCAGUGCUCUUCUGGUUCCUUUUCUAUUAAACGACCACUUGUUUGGUUUGGCUCGAA